GAAAAUAUGCAUAGGGCUAUCAUUAUACUUAUUGAAAUAUUGCUCUGAUUGGCCAGGUAACAGAGGUGUGGCAUUGUUGGAUAAAGGAGACAGAGACUGGUUAAAGAGACUGACACCUGUAUUCAGUACAUAAAGGGUUUGGGUAAGUUUAAAACUGGGCAAUCUUCCUUAGGUUUAUUCUGUGAGUAAACCAAAUUGAUCCUUCAUUAACUGUAUUAUUAUGUAACCCUUUGUUUCUGCUUUUCUGCAAAGACUGGAUGGAAAAAAUAAUUUGAAAAUGAGUCAAGACGUGUCUGGAAACAAGAACAUUUCCUUUCAGCCUGCUGCACACUCUGGUAACACAACUGCCAACUUGACCACUGCAAGUGUGACCUAUUUUCGUCCUGCAACAUUCUUCAUCAGUGGCUUUUCUAAUCUCCCACAUGCAAAAUACUACUAUGUGUUCUUGUGUUUUGUUUACUUUGUGACUGUUUUAGGAAAUUCAUUUAUCAUGUGUGUAAUUUAUAUGUCUCGCAGACUUCACACAGCCAAAUACAUUGCUGUUUUUCAUCUGGCUUUUUCUGAUCUGUGUGGAAGCACAGCUGUGAUUCCAAAACUUAUAGACAUGUUUUUAUUUGGUCACCAGGAGAUUUCGUAUGAAGCAUGCUUGAUCAAUAUGUUUUUUGUAUUUCAUUUAAUGAAUUUACAAUCUAUGUCGCUACUCGUCUUAGCCUAUGACAGACUGGUUGCUAUUUGUUUUCCUCUAAAGUACCAUGCAAUCAUUACAAAAAAAUCUGUAUCACUCAUCUUAGGCAACAUGUGGCUUUUUUCUAUCUUUCUUUUUGCUACACUUGCAGGUUUAGUCAACAGACUGUCUUUUUGUAGAUCGACUGUAGUCAGUAGCCAUUUCUGUGAUCACGGGCCUGUUAUCAGCCUUUCCUGUAAUAGUAAUUUUAUAAAUUAUCUCAUGGCAUAUAUUUCGUUUGGUCUUCUGAUUUGCAUGCCGAUGCUACUAAUAACCAUCUCAUAUUGUUGUAUUGCUGCGGCUUUAUUUAAGAUCGCUCAUGGCGCUGAUCGAAUCAAAGCUAUGAAAACGUGCACCUCGCAUCUCAUGUUAGUGGCAAUUUUGUAUCUCCCGAUUUUAAGUUUAAAUAUAAAAUCCAUUGCAAUAUCUAUUGAUCUUAACUCUCGGAUAAUUAACAAUUCUCUAACGCAAAUACUACCACCUAUGCUGAAUCCCAUUAUAUACACUCUAAAGACAGAAGAGGUCAUGCAGGCCAUAAAAGAAAUGUACCGACGCCGUCGAAAGGUGAACACUAUGAUGGAACAAAAUGUGAAACAGAGAAAAUAAAUAUUAUCAUUUCACAUUUUGCUGUUGAAUGAAAUGUCAUGUCCUUUGUUAUGUAUAAAUAUCUGACAGUCUAAAGUUUAAUGAUUACAAACAUUCAAAUGAAUAGGAUUGGCUGUUCAGACAUGAUAAAAUAAUUGUGCAAAUUUCCUAUGUUAUUAGAAUUGGCAGUGACAUCACAUUGUUAAAUUAAAAACAUGUCAUCAGAA